AUGCGAGUCAAGCGAGAGGAGGGGCAGCGAUGGGGGAGGCGGCGAUGGGGGGAGCAGGGGCAGCAGGAGCAGCAUAGGGAGCAGCAGCAGCAACAGUGGCAGGAGGAGCGGCAGCAAGAGGGGAAGAAGGCAUGCUCACCUGGUUUGCUGCGCAUCGGCCCAUCCUCACUGAAGCAUCUGCUGGUGACGAGUGUGGCGGUGGUGGCACUGCUACUCGUGUACCGAAUGCACUUCAGCCCCCUCUCCUUCGUCCUCAUCGCCCUCCUCGCCGUGGGCCGGCACUGGUCUGCACUGGUCCACGGCCAUAGAGCGCAGCAAGUCAGCGGGAUAGCUGGCAAAGGAUGGGAUGGCAGCCAAGGAGAGGCGCAGAACCGCCGCUCUGGCAAUGCUACAGUCUUUCUCCUCAUCAACGCAUCGUUUAUGAUCGUCGAGUUUUCUGUCAGCUUCCUCUCGAAUAGUUGCCCACCAAGUCUCCUUCUUCCAGCCUUCUCCCGCAUACCCCUCUUUCCCGUCCCCCCCCACCACCAACAGUCUAGUCUGGGUCUCAUAUCAGACGCGUGUCACAUGCUCUUCGACUGUGCUACGCUCACCAUUGGCCUCUAUGCCUCCUACAUCUCCCGCAUCGACUCCCCCUCCAUAUUUGCCUACGGCUACGGUCGCUUUGAGGUGCUCUCGGGCUUUGUGAAUGCGGUCUUUCUCAUGCUCAUCGCUGCACUCAUCGUCUUUGAGUCCAUUGAAAGCACUCACUCUCGAAUCCUUCCCACCCAUCGCCUCCUUGCAGGAAUCUUCCUGCACGUGUUGGCAGACACACUGGGCAGUGUGGGGGUGGUGAUAUCAACGCUGCUCAUCAAGUACAAGUGCUGGAUGCUCACAGACCCGGGCAGUGUGGGGGUGGUGAUAUCAACGCUGCUCAUCAAGUACAAGGGCUGGAUGCUCACAGACCCGUUGAGGAGUGGACUGCAGGCAAAUGGCCGUCUCUUUGCUCGCCCCUUCCCACUCAAUUCCGCUUCGCGCCUCCCUUUCCACUCUCUCCCCUCCCUCCACACCACCACCAGGCGUGCUCCAUAUUCAUAUCAGCGCUCGUCAUCAGCACUGUCAUCCCUCUGCUGCGACGUUGCCCCUCCACUCCCCCUUAUCUCCCCAUAUCUCCCCCUUCUCUCCACCCCACCACCACCAGGCGUGCUCCAUAUUCAUAUCAGCGCUCAUCAUCAGCACUGUCAUCCCUCUGCUGCAACGUUGCCCCUCCACUCCCCCUUAUCUCCCCAUAUCUCCCCCUUCUCUCCACCCCACCACCACCAGGCGUGCUCCAUAUUCAUAUCAGCGCUCAUCAUCAGCACUGUCAUCCCUCUGCUGCAAAACUCAGCCGAAAUUAUUUUGCAAAGAGUACCUCGGGCAGCUGAACACCAAAUUUUGGCUGCCCUGAAGAAGAUCGAGUCGAUGGCAGGAGUGGUGGCGGUGCGGCAACGGCACUUCUGGUCCUUCACUCCCAAGAUGCUAGUGGGCUCCAUUCACGUGCUCAUCUCUCUAGAUAGCCUCAAAAAUAGGGCCAAGGAGGGAGCUGCAGCGGCGCAUCACGGAGAUGCUUAUAGCGAGUACGGGAACAAGCAGCGGCGGCUGGAGGCGGUUCAGCAGCUGCGGCAGUCGUUGAGGCGGCGGGUUUCGGAUGUAUUCCGGGCGGUUAGGAUCACUCACGUAACGGUGGAGUGCAUAUUCUCUUGCGUCAUGCAGAUCGAGGAAGCAUCGACUCACCAACUGCACCAGAGGCAACUGCACCAUCGGCACCACCAUCAUCCUCACCAUUUCCACGCCUCGCCUUUCCACACCCCCUCCCAUGCAUUCUCCCCCCACGCUGCACAAUAA